AUGAGGCGGGAAGGAACAUCAGAAGACAGCUCAGGUUUCUGGAGAUCUCUCUUGGAGAUUAGAUUUUUCUUCUUGGAUUCGUUAUUAAGAACGCUUUGCACUUAUCUAUCUAUCUAUCUAUCUAUCUAUCUAAGGUUUUUUCAUAUCUACCUAUCUCAGGUUUUUUCAUAUCUAUCUAUCUAUCUAUCUAUCUAUCUAUCUAUCUAUCUAUCUAUCUAUCUAUCUGUUCAUAUCUAUCUAUUUAUCUAUGAUAUUUUUUCAUAUCUAUCUAUCUAUCUAUCUAUCUAUCUAUCUAUCUAUCUAUCUAUCUAUAUGUAUAUCAAUCUCGGUAUGUUCAUUAUUUAUCUCGAUAUAACCAUUUUCUAUCUAUCUAUCUAUCUAUCUAUCUAUCUAUCUAUCUAUCUCAGUUUUUUCAUAUCUAUCUAUUUAUCUAGCUAUCUGUCUGUCUUUCUCAGUUUUUUUUUUCAUAUCUAUCUAUCUAUCUAUCUAAGGUUUUUUUCAUAUCUACCUAUCUCAGAUUUUUUUUUUCAUAUCUAUCUAUCUAUCUAUCUAUCUAUCUAUCUAUCUAUCUCAGUGUUUUUUCUAUCUAUUUAUCUAUCUAUUCUAUCUGUCUCGGGUUUUUUUCUAUCUGUCUAUCUAAGUAUCUAUCUAAAUCUGUUCAUAAAUGUCUAUCUCUCUUUUUUCAUAUCUAUCUAUUUAUCUGUUAUUUUUUCAUAUCUGUCUAUCUAUCUAUCUAUCUACCUCAGUUUUUUUUUAUCAUUUAUCUAUGACUAUCUAUCUAUAUCUAUCUAUCUAUCUAUCUAUCUUAGUUUUUUUUUUAUACCAUUUCUAUCUAUCUAUCUAUCUAUCUAUCUAUCUAUCUAUCUAUCUUCAGGUUUUUCUAUUUAUCUAGCUAUCUGUCUGAUUUUUUUCAUAUCUAUCUAUCUAUCUAGUUUUUCUAUCUAUCUAUCUCAGUGUUUUCAUAUCUAUCUAUCUUUAUCUAUCUAUCUAUCUGUUUUCAUAUCUAUCUAUUUAUCUAUCUAUCUGUCUAUCUAG